AUACAGUUUGCUUUUCAGCCAACGCCGCAAUCCAACGCUUCAGAUUCAGCUUCAAAGGCAGCAUUAUUUCGGGAAAUCGCGUCCUUUGUAAUCGCAACGUGUGACAGACCCCACGAAAACCGUUUUCCCAGCAACGCGCGCACUUUUCCCCCACGCGAACGGACAGGCGAAAGGUCCUUAGGACGGACCCUUUGUGUGCUUCCGUCUUAUCGCUCCUAUUUUGCAUAUUUAUGUUUGCUUAACCAUUCCGUUUCGGUGUCAAAAAGCGUGCCCCAAUCCCGGCAAUAACAGCCAGCGAGCCAAAAAGGAGAGCUUAACUGGAAAUUGUACAACACAAAAGUGAAUUACAAAUCAAUUGAGAAAGCAGCAGCCCCUCCUCGUCAGCGAGACAUUGAAGCCGAUUGAAGUGAGCUCCUAAGGGGAAAGGAAGAGCAAACAACAGAUCCCGCAUGAGUAACAGCGCCAUGGUGGCCGUGGCCAUUUGCUGCAUUCUCGUCCUGCUGGCCGUCUUCAUUGUGAUCAUCAUAGUCGUCGGCCAGACGAUCGAGGAGCCCAAGUGAGACAUGCUCCAGCUGGGACCUGGCAACUUCCCAGAUGGAUAACAGAGGCCCCCCAACUGUUAGUUUGCCGGGGCCGCCAGCAAAAAUCAUCGCCACCUCAUCAUCCGCCAGCAUCAUCAACAUAUUUCGCCCCAGAGAAAAUUAGCCCAGGAAACCCAGCGCGCAGGAGUAGAAGGAGCAGGAGGAGCGGAGUAAAUGCGUCCCAUCGUCAGUAUCCAUUGGCUGUGAUGUGAAAUUUUUAGAAUUUGUGAAGCAAAAAAAACCAAUCGAGAAAUCAACCCAACAACACAUAAUUUCGGAACAUUCCGCCUCCCGAUAACAACAACAACACAUACACAUCGUCAUGUAGCGCAUUUCAGUGUGUGUUUGGUGUUGUCAAUAUAUAUAAAACAUAAAUGUAUAUAAAUACAAGAUAUAUAUAGAGAGAUAUCUAGAGAGAUAUAUAUGUGUAACCCAACCGUCGUAACGUUGCGUUCUUUUUUAUAAAAGUGUUGUUAACAAACCGAUUUUUAUUGAUGUUUUAUUGAUGUUGAAUACAACGUAUAUACAUGCAUAUAUAUACCACAAGAAUAGGUGGAAUAAGUAUACUUAAAAUGUCCAGCGAGUGCCAAGGAUCAAAAGGAUAAGGAUCGAGAAAAGGAUCGGAUGGAGCAGGACAAUAGGGAAUGCAACCGGAGAGCUCAAUUGUUUAAAUAUAUAUUUAUAUAUACCCUAAGAUCAUAUCAAGUGGAAAGGAUGCCAGCAAUUGCACUUGUUAAUUGCACAGCAGAGCAGCAAGGAGGCGAUGUCCUGGAGCAUAGAUAUAAAUAUAAAUAUAAAUAUAUAUACCUACAACAUAUAUAGGAGAUAUGAAUUAUAUAGCGGAGAUAUGCAUUUUAUAUAUCAAACAACUUUUGGAUAAGUUUUACGUGUGCGUGUAACUAGAACUAGACAACUAUGGAAAUACUGAACAAAAAAAUUCGACAACUUAAUCCCUAUUGCAACAUUAUGAAUCCUGAAUAAGCCAUUGAAUGUUAUUUACCACAACCCAGACUCCAAUUAAAUCUCUUCAAUGUAAAACGUACGUGCGCUAUUUAUAAAUCGAUAAAAAAAAACGAAUUAAAAUAUAAAACCCGCGCCAAUUCAACUCAAUUUUAAUCGUUGCAAAUGCCAAAAUCAGCAAACACAAUAUGCAACAAAUGAUCAACCAUGCGCUGCAUAAAUUAAUAAAUUAAU